CUGACAUUAAUUAAUAAACAAAUAAUUAUAAUGAUAUUUGAUUUAUUUAAUACAAUUAGAUUAAAUGUUUCAUAACCUACACAAUUAUUCUCAACAGAUGGCGCUUCGAUGAUACUUGAAAAUAAAUGAUACGUCGUAUCUUUAAAACGUAUUACCAAUGAAUAAAGUUGUAUCGUUUAAACGACUCCUGAUUGGUCGGCGCGAGAUAAGACACAAAUUCAAAUAUUAAGCAUACGGCUAACCGUCGUUUUUCAUGUACGAAGAAAGCGUAACAAAAUUAUUUGCAUGUUUAUCGUUUUAAGGUUUCAUAUACAAUAUAUGAGUUGGUAAUUAAAGUGCAAUUAUUUAAUACGCUUUACAAUUUUAUUAGCAAAUGAAAUAUAUAUUUGCACGGCAAUUAAAAAAGGGAUUAAUAUAAUUGAAAGUAAUUUUGAUAAGUGUGUUAUUACAACGAGAGGCUGUUGUAGUAGAGGACGAGAUGGAAUCUCGUUUGCCAAAGCCGCAAUACUUUAACAAAUUUACUUCACUGAACGUGGAUAUGAAAAAAAACGACCAAAACAUGACUAAAACUCAAACAGGCUUAACACGCAUAGUGAGUGGUACAAGUACGAUACAAUAUAAUAAACAUACAAGAGACGACACGAAGAAGGAUAAAAAUGUAUUAAUUAAUGAUGGAAAAUCUAAUAACGAGAAUAAACCUUUGGGACAAACUAUGACACGUGCUAAAACUUCUGCUGCUUUAAUAAGAAGCAACGAAGCGAUAAAAGCUAUGAAAAGGCCAGCAGCAAUUGUAACAACCGCUAACACGAAGAAGCCCAAAGUUAAAGUUACCACUAAACUUGGUAAUUCAAGAAGAUCAAUUAAAGGUACAUUGAAAAUAAGGACCGGUAAUGUUAGACCGACUGAAAAUAAUACUAACAAUAAGACUACUGCUACUGCUACGGCUACUACUUCUGGUACUACCACUGUCGUUAAUAAAUGGGACUAUAAGGGUCGCUUUGCAAUUGCAAAUAGUGAAUUGAUUAAACUGCGUGGAAAUUUCAAAGAAAUAUCCAGCAAAAAUACAGAAUUUCAAAAAUUAAUAGACGAUUUGAAGGAUAACGAAAAUACGUACAAAUCACAAGUAAAGGAGUAUGAAACUUUGAAGACAACUUUAACCAAAGAACUUGAAACAACCAAGGAAGAAUUUAAACAAGUACAAAACGAAAAAGAAGAUUUUGUAAAACGUUGGAAUAAGGCAGAAGAGGCGUAUAAGAAUGUAAUAGAAGAGUUAAAAAAUGUCCAAGAUAAAUGUAAUGAACAGAAAGAUAAAUUAGAAGAACAGGCAAUUGAAAUUAAAGAAAUUAAGACUAAACUGGAACAAGAUGAAAAUCUUAUCAAAGAUCUGACUCUUCACAAAGAAAAAUUACAAUCGUUUGUACAUCAGAUGGAUAAAGAACGUAGAAUCCUUCAUAAUACUAUACAAGAAAUGAAGGGUAAUAUUAGAGUAUUUUGUCGUGUACGUCCACGAACCGAAAAAGAAUUGUCUAAACCAUUAUGUUUUAUCAAAUUCAACGAUGAAUGUACUAUAGAAGUAGGAAAAUCAGAUACAUCUAAUUGUAGUGGAAAAGUAAGAAAUGUACGCCAAGAAUUUUCCUUUGACAAAGUGUUUUCGCAUAAUGCAUCGCAAGCUGAUAUUUUUGAAGAAUUGUCUCUUCUAGUUCAAUCAGCUCUCGAAGGAUAUAAUGUUUGUGUAUUUGCAUAUGGCCAAACUGGUUCUGGUAAAACAUAUACAAUGGAAGGGGAGCCCGGAUGUGAUACAGAAGGCAUGAUUCCCAGAACGGUCCGACACAUAUUUAAAGAGAUGAAAGAAUUAGAACUUCUUGGAUGGGAAUACAAAAUAGAAGCUAGUUUCUUAGAGAUUUAUAAUGAACAUAUAGUUGACCUUCUUGACUCGCAAUGUAAUAAAAUUCAUGAAAUACGUAUGAGAGAUAAUAGAGGUCAUGAUCUUUAUGUGAGCAACUUGAAAGUUGAAGAGAUACAUAAUGCUGAAGAAUUACAAGAAUGUUUAUUGGCUGCUCAGCGUAAUAGAGCUGUUGCAGCUACCAUGUCAAAUGAACGAUCGUCCAGAUCUCAUUCGGUAGCACGUAUAAGACUAAUUGGCGAACAUAAACUUAAAGAUGAAAUUUGUAUAGGAAAUCUUAAUUUAGUUGAUUUAGCAGGUUCUGAACGAUUAAAGGGCGAAGAAGCAGCUAGAACCGCAGAAACGAAGAAUAUUAAUAAAUCAUUAGCGAAUCUUGGUAACGUUAUACUUGCGCUUUUAAAGAAGCAAGAACAUGUGCCAUAUAGAAAUUCUAAAUUAACGCAUUUAUUGAUGCCAUCCUUAGGAGGUAAUUCAAAAACUCUUAUGUUGCUCAAUAUAUCUCCUUUAGAUGAAUGUUACAAUGAAACAUUAAAUUCCUUGAGAUUUGCCAGUAAUGUAAAUAGUUGUAAAAUGAAUGUUAAAAGAGUUAGAACCGCGUUAUCGAAUACAUCUAAUUUAUCGUUAUCCAGUUCAAGUUCAGAAAUUUGAUAAAAAUUCGUAAUAUUUUAUUCGUACAAAAUAUUUUAACAUAAGACAUGAAUAUUCGAUUUUGAGAAACCGUUAACCUGUAAUGUUUUAAAUAUAUAUAUAUUAUUGCAUUAAAUGU